UAUGAUUGGUCGGCAGUGAGCAGUCCUCUCUUCCUCCUCUACAGCCCCGGCACCGUAGCCAUCAUGAAUGACACGGUAACCAUCCGGACCAGGAAGUUCAUGACAAACCGUCUGCUUCAGAGGAAACAGAUGGUCAUUGAUGUCCUUCAUCCUGGGAAGGCAACAGUACCAAAGACAGAAAUUCGGGAAAAGCUGGCCAAAAUGUACAAAACCACACCAGACGUCAUCUUUGUAUUCGGAUUCAGAACACACUUUGGUGGUGGCAAGACAACUGGCUUUGGCAUGAUCUAUGACUCUUUAGAUUAUGCAAAGAAGAAUGAGCCUAAACACAGGCUUGCAAGACAUGGCCUUUAUGAGAAGAAAAAGACUUCCCGAAAACAGCGAAAGGAACGCAAGAACAGGAUGAAGAAGGUCAGGGGGACUGCAAAGGCCAAUGUUGGUGCUGGUAAAAAGUGAGAGGAGAUUGGAUACAGCCAAAGGAGUAGAUCUUCGGUGACUUGAUGUUCUGCUGUGAUGUGCAGAUUUCUGAGAGGAACAAAUAAACUAAAAAGCUUCUAUGUA